AUGUUCCACAGAAAAAUCCCUGGAGGGGUAAGUUUCUUUUAAAAUUUUUAAAAAAUCCACAAAACAAAAAAAAUUAAAUUUUAAAAUUUUGAUUUAAAAGACUAUGAAGAUGCCUGAAAUCAAAAAUGAAAUUUUUUUUCAUUUUAGAAAGCCAGAAAACUGGUAAAAGUGAAAAAAGGCAAGUCGGUCAAGGUGGACCAGAUGAAAAUGGCCAAUUUGGAGCUGAAAAGUAAACGUGCCCAAAGUGAGAACGAUAGAAAGGACGCUGAGAAAGAGAUGAGUCAAGUUUUGGAACGGCGAAAGAACGUUGAUGAGUUGAUGAAAAACAUUUUUGGAAGUUUGGACAGCUUAGACAAGAGUGUUAGUCAAGAGGAAGACUGCUGGCCCAAAGUGAACCAAGCCUUUAACAGAAAGUGCUACAACUUCAUAAAGGUAGGGGAAAACACUUUGUUCGGAAAGGGGGGGGGGGAAGGAUAGGGGUAGGUAUAGAGGUAAAUAAGCCAGAAAACUAGUAGGGCAGGGUAAGUUGGGAGAUAAUGUAAGGGAGGGGGGGGCUAGGACCAGAGUGGAAGAGGGGUGGGAUUAAAGAAUGGGUGAGGUAUGGAUAGCUACAGUAGAGUAAGGCACGGGUAAGGCUACUGUAGAGUACAGUAGUGCAAAACUACGGCAAGGCAAGGCUACAGUAGGGCAUGGCAUAGUAAGAUAUGGUGGUUAGGGUAGGGAGUAGGGGGUAGGGGGGUAGGGGGUAGGGGGUAGGGGGGGGGGUAGGGGGUAGGGGGUAGGGGGUAGGGGGUAGAGGGUAGGGGGUAGGGGGUAGGGGGUAGGGGGGGUAGGGGGUAGGGGGGUAGGGGGUAGGGGGUAGGGGGUAGGGGGUAGGGGGUAGGGGGGUAGGGGGUAGGGGGUAGGGGGGGUAGGGGGUAGGGGGGUAGGGGUAGGGGGUAGGGGGGUAGGGGGUAGGGGGUAGGGGGGGGGGUAGGGGGUAGGGGGUAGGGGGUAGGGAGUAGGGGGUAGGGGGUAGGGGUACAUAAUCAUGCAAUUUUCAGAAUGAAUACCUUCAACAUUUCCAAUAUAAACUGAUGACCUACUGUAACGUGCCGCUUGGAUCCAAACAGAUAAUUCAAGUUUUGGAUGAAAAAUGCGUUAAUUUGGACAAACAUGAAGUUUUUUAA